AUGUCAGUCGAAAUAGUAGCAUCUAAUCUCCGAGUCAUUUGCAGCCAAGAAGGAGAAAUAUCUAAUAGAUGUGAACCUCUUUAUUUGCCCAUCAUUGACGAUGCAUUACCAUUACCAAGUCUAGACGAUGCAUGUCAAUCAUUAUUGGAUCAUAAGUUGUUCGACAGUGGAUUACUUGAACAAGUUGAAACAGCUCGAAGUCAUCAAAAUACGGACCGAUUACUCACAUCUGAUGAAGCCGCAUCAAUAUAUUUAUAUACAAUGAAAUGGAAUGACGAACCACAAGGUAGCUUUUAUGAAAAACUUAAUUGUACAUUAAGAACAGGUGAUGAAAAUUCAAUAAAACCAUGGCUUGAUUAUCUUCAUCUUUUUACAAGUGCCCUGUUAAAGUUACCGUCUGUCGAAUCAACAACUCUAUACCGUUGUGUAAAAGGUCAUCUGUGCGAUCUAUAUCAAGAGGAUACUAUACAUAUAUUAUUGUCAUUCACUUCCUGCAAAAGAUCUCUUGAAGACCUCGCAGAGAAUGCUACAAUGGGACAAUGUACGAUAUUCUCUAUCAAGACAUAUUCGGGUAAAAUGAUAGAUAAAUAUGGUGGUGAUUCUGGUGAAGUUUUACUGUUGCCGGGUUCUCGUUUUCAAGUAACAAAAAUAAAUAAUGAUUCAGAAAUGCACAUCAUUGAAAUGGAUGAGAAGUCAUCAACAGAGUCAAUCCAUGUACAAAAUUGUGUAGCACAAGACACAGAGAUCAGACAACGAAGACAUGAAAAUCAAAAUGAACAACAAGUGUAUCAAGAAGCAACAACUCAUCAUCAGUCUGCAAGCAAUAGAGCAGGUAAAUUUUACAAAACUCUAAGUGAAUGA